UUCAGUAUAUACCGAGCAUCUGAUUAGAACUCCUUCUCAAUGAUCUACAAAAUUUGUAAAUGGGGUAUAUGUGAAUCUGUCAUAUGAUCAUUAACAUUGUGAACUCGAUUACUGGUACAUACAGCAGCAUUAGAGUGAAUUUGGUAUGAGCGUACAUGAAAACCAUGUCUUUUGAUCUAGACAGCAGCACCUGUCCAAAGAGUCUCCUAACUAAGUCUUGCUCAGCAAAUAGCACAACCUGGCUAGUCAAGCAGAACGCAUGCAAUGAAGUGGCUCAGGGAAUAAAUGGAAACGUGCCAGUUAAACAGUCCCCAGGUUCAGCUUCAAGUCCAAAGCCACCAGUGCCUCCGAAGCCAGUGCAUCUGCAGAAUUCAUUUUUAUCCAUCACACACCAAACCCCUACACAGAAAGCUUUACCUACUGCACAACCAAGAAUGGAGGAAGUCACACCUACCUCUGUUUCUUGUGUGUCAAAGGAAAAACCCAGCAAGGUGUCAGAUCUCAUCAGUCGUUUUGAAGGAGGCGGUCCCUCAAGUCCUAGUGAUUUGAAGAAAGAAUCCUCUGUUGUAAAGGUUGCUAAAUCUCAAGGAAGAUAUGAGUCAGCAUCACCUCAGCCAAAACUCAUCUCCCAACACCCACUACAAAAGCAGGGAAAUAAUACAGAUCAAACUCAGGUUGUACAGAAACACACGGCCAAUGGAGUAGUAGCACAAAGCCAGAUGGAAUGCAAUGACAAUAAAUUACUGGAACAUAGCACCAAUACAUCCACUCCAGCUUCAGGUAUUGCAGUCAACAGUAACUUAGUAAAUGGGGAACAAGAAAGCACUACUACAGAAUCACUGCAAGCUACAAUGAUCUGCACAGGACAAACUCUUGACUGCUGCAGGGCUCCAGGCAGGAGGACACUGUUCCCAUCUGAAAAUGAAACUGUAGAAACUAAUACUAAUGUAGAGGAAAAGCAGAAUGAGGAACUCAGUAAGGAAGAUGAGCAUGUAGAAGCAAAGGAGACAGAUGAGCAGAAACGUCACAAAAUUGCUGAUGAGCUUUUGCAUACAGAAAGAGCCUACGUCAGCCGACUUGACCUCUUAGACAAGGUAUUCUAUGGCAAACUAUCGGAGGAAGCUAACAGGGGUUCAUUUCCAGCUGAGGUGGUCAAUAAAAUCUUUUCUAAUAUUUCAUCAAUCAAUGCCUUCCACAGUAAAUUCUUGCUUCCGGAGCUUGAGAAAAGAAUGCAAGAAUGGGCUGAAACCCCCAGAAUUGGAGAUAUUCUGCAGAAGUUAGCUCCUUUCCUCAAGAUGUAUGGAGAGUAUGUGAAAAACUUUGAUAAUGCAAUGGAACUGGUGAAAAUGUGGACUGAGCGGUCUCCUCUAUUCAAAUCCAUUAUUCAGGACAUUCAGACACAAAAAGUCUGUGGGAGUUUGACAUUGCAACAUCAUAUGCUAGAACCAGUACAACGCAUUCCACGCUAUGAGAUGCUACUAAAGGACUACCUAAGGAAACUGCCUCAAGAUUCCACAGACUGGAAGGAUGCUGAAAAAUCCCUGGAAAUUAUAUCCACAGCAGCCAGUCACUCCAAUAGUGCUAUACGAAAAAUGGAGAAUCUAAAGAAGUUGCUGGAGGUGUAUGAGAUGUUGGGAGAAGAGGAAGAUAUUGUCAACCCCUCAAAUGAGCUGAUAAAAGAAGGACAGAUCCUUAAACUUGCUGCUCGUAAUACAUCAGCCCAAGAACGAUACCUUUUCUUAUUCAACAACAUGUUGCUGUAUUGUGUACCCAGAUUCAGUUUGGUGGGAUCAAAGUACUCAGUGCGCACAAGAGUUGGUAUUGAUGGUAUGAAGAUUAUAGAAACACACAAUGAAGAAUAUCCAUGCACCUUCCAGGUGUCUGGAAAAGAGCGAACAUUGGAGUUGCAGGCCAGUUCUGAACAAGAUAAGGAAGAAUGGAUAAAGGCUCUUCAGAAUACCAUAGAAGCUUUUCAGCAGAGGAAUGAAACCUUCAGAAACGCCAUUGCAAAAGAAUAUGAGGACAUGCCUAUUGAAGUUUCUAAGGCUGAGCUUGGGAAGAGAGCACCAAGAUGGAUCCGAGACAAUGAAGUAACAAUGUGCAUGAAAUGCAAGGAGCCCUUCAAUGCACUGACAAGGAGACGGCAUCAUUGUCGAGCAUGUGGACAUGUGGUUUGCUGGAAAUGUUCUGAUUAUAAAGCUCAACUUGAAUAUGAUGGCAAUAAAUUGAACAAAGUUUGUAAGGACUGCUAUCAGAUUAUAAUGGGUUGCACAGAUAGUGAAGAAAAGAAAAAGAAAGGCAUCUUGGAGAUUGAAUCAGCUGAAGUCUCUGGAAACAGUGUCAUAUGUAGCUUUCUUCAAUAUAUGGAAAAAUCAAAGCCUUGGCAGAAAGCUUGGUGUGUUAUUCCUAAACACGAAGCUCUCGUGCUGUACAUGUAUGGUGCUCCACAGGAUGUUAAAGCUUUGGCUACAAUUCCACUACUGGGCUAUGCAGUAGAUGACACUCCAAGAAGUGCUGACCUCCCACAUAGCUUUAAACUGACCCAGUCCAAAUCUGUACACAGCUUUGCAGCAGACAGCGAGGAACUGAAAGAGAAAUGGUUGAAAGUCAUCCAUUUAGCUGUCAAAGGUGAGACACUGGAAUGUCAAAAUGAAUUGCAGAUGAGUUUAGAGGAACAGCCUCAAUCUUCUAAAAAAUCUGAAUGCUGAAGCUCAAGACCAUGUUGUGUUUUAAAAUAAUCCAGUCAGAUUCUUGGUUGAUUUUUCUUUGUUCAAGCAAAAGAAGCAAGUUCUCCAACUACUACAUGCAUCUCUUAGCACUUUAUGUUGAAAAGAUACUGAUCUAUUUAAAGAUCAUUUUCUUAUAUUUAUGUUCUGUCAAUAAAGUUAAUGUACAGAUCCAUUCCACAGAUAUUUUUUUUAAACAUAAAUGCCAUUAAAAGAACAAAACCUAUUAACUUUA